AUGGAUCAGAUAACGGCAUCAGCGCACGGACACUCUCUUCCUCCCCCUUUUCAUACAAGAAACUUCAAUCUGCAUCAGUUUCAGCAACAAAAUUCUGAAGAUGAACAAAGUGGUACGAGUGGUCUCAACAUGGCAGGUCAUAAAAGAGACCGUGACGAGAAGAACAACGAUGAUAUGUUAAAUGGCAGCGGUGGCGGCGGCAGCGAAGGUAAAGAAUUAGAAAUCUCACGGCGGCCGAGAGGAAGACCUGCAGGUUCCAAGAACAAACCCAAACCCCCGAUCAUCAUCACAAGAGACAGCGCCAACGCACUUAGAACCCAUGUCAUGGAAGUCGCCGAUGGUUGUGAUGUGAUGGAAAGCAUCGCCACCUUUGCACGGCGGCGCCAGCGUGGUGUCUGCAUUAUGAGCGGUAGCGGCACCGUCACAAACGUUACUCUCCGACAACCCGCAUCACCAGGUGCCGUCGUCACAUUGCACGGUCGAUUCGAGAUCUUGUCGUUAUCAGGUUCUUUCCUCCCUCCACCAGCUCCACCUGCGGCCACGGGGUUGACUAUUUACUUAGCUGGCGGACAAGGACAGGUGGUUGGUGGAAGCGUUGUGGGGGCACUUCUAGCCGCCGGACCUGUGGUAAUCAUGGCGGCAUCGUUUAGCAACGCCGCCUACGAAAGGCUCCCUCUUGAAGACGAAGAAAGCACUUUACCAUUGCAAGGUGGUUCAUUAGGAUCUCCGGGAGACAUGACUCCACCACAACAGCAGCAGCAGCAACAACAACAACAACAACUAUUAACAGAUCCUUCACUCUUCCAAGGCAUGUCUCAAAACCUACUCAACUCAAUUCAAUUACCAAACGACGCUUACUGGGGCAACGGCGGCGGUGGUGGAGGUGGUGCUGCUGGUCGUCCUCCAUUCUAA